UUUUUUUUUUUUUUCCUUUUCUCUAUCAACCUCCGGAGUUCAUGAGUUCCCGAGUAUCAUCAUCCGCAUCGUCAUUAUGGGUGUAGGUAACAUCAAGGGCCUCUUCAAGCCUCGCGCGGAGGAGCAUGAGGAUUCCCACGCCUCUACUCCUGCCCGCACCAACUCCACCGCCGAGAAGAAUCAGGACAUCCUCGAUGACAGCCCCGUGAAGUAUCUGACCUGGCGGUCGUUUGUUCUGGGCAUUGUCGUCUCCAUGGGUGGGUUCGUCUUUGGUUACGCAACCGGACAAAUUGCCGGCUUCACCACAAUGCAUGACUUUAAGAUGCGCUUUGCCGAGCGUCAACCGAACGGCGAGUAUGUCUUUAGCAAUGUCCGUAAUGGUCUGAUUGUCGGUCUGCUAUCCAUUGGUACCAUGAUCGGUGCCCUAGUUGCGGCUCCGAUUUCGGAUCGAAUUGGCCGCAGGCUGUCCAUCUCCUUCUGGUCCUUGAUCCAUAUCGUGGGGAUCAUCGUGCAGAUUGCUACCACCGACAAGUGGUACCAGGUUGCCAUGGGCCGUUGGGUGGCCGGGCUGGGUGUCGGGGCCCUGUCCAGCGUGGUCCCCAUGUACCAGAGUGAAUCGGCCCCGCGUCAGGUCCGCGGUGCCAUGGUUAGCGCGUUCCAGCUGUUCGUUGCCUUUGGUAUCUUCAUCUCCUACCUCAUCAACUUCGGCACGGAGUCCAUUGCGUCCACUGCCUCUUGGAGAAUCACCAUGGGAAUUGGUUUCGCCUGGCCCUUGAUUCUGGGUCUGGGUACCCUGUUCCUCCCCGAGUCCCCCCGUUACGCCUACCGACAGGGCCGCAUCGACGAGGCCCGCGACGUCAUGUGCAAGCUGUACGGCGUGGGGCCCAACCACCGCUGCAUCGUCCAGGAGAUGAAGGAGAUGAAGGACAAGCUGGACGAGGAACGGGCGGCGGGCACCGCCUCGUGGCACGAAAUCUUCACGGGGCCCCGCAUGUUCUACCGCACUCUGCUGGGGAUUGCUCUGCAGUCCCUGCAACAGCUGACCGGUGCCAACUUCAUUUUCUACUACGGCAACAGCAUCUUCACCUCCACCGGCCUGGACAACAGCUACGUCACCCAGAUCAUCCUGGGCGCCGUCAACUUCGGAAUGACCCUGCCCGGUCUUUACGUCGUCGAGCACUUUGGCCGCCGCAAGAGUCUGAUGGUGGGUGCGGCAUGGAUGUUCAUCUGCUUCAUGAUCUGGGCCUCUAUUGGUCAUUUCGCCCUUGACCUGAGCAACCCGCAGGCGACCCCCAAGGCAGGAUCGGCUAUGAUUGUAUUCACCUGCUUCUUCAUUGUUGGCUUCGCUACCACAUGGGGUCCUAUCGUCUGGGCCAUCUGCGGAGAACUCUACCCGGCCCGAUACCGUGCCAUCUGCAUCGGAAUCGCCACGGCCUCCAACUGGACCUGGAACUUCCUCAUUUCCUUCUUCACGCCCUUCAUCUCGUCCUCCAUCGACUUCGCCUACGGAUACGUCUUCGCCGCGUGCUGCUUCGCCGCCGUGCUCGUGGUCUUCUUCUUCGUCAACGAGACCCAGGGCCGCACCCUGGAGGAGGUCGACACCAUGUACGUGCUGCACGUCAUCCCCUGGAAGAGCAGCUCGUGGGAGGCCCCCGAGAACAUCUUUGAGGAUCUGCAUGCUCGCCCCGAUAGCAAGAAGCAGGAGGGCCAGGCCGAGCACGGCGAGACCGAGCAUGGCGAGCCGACUGAAAUUCAGGAGUAGUUUUUUUUGUUUUUUUUUUUUGAAGGUUUGAUUGAUGAUUCAGUUCAGUUCUCAUAGUACUACUACUACUGAAGUAUUGUCGACAGAUACUCUGUUAUCAUCAUCAUCAUCAUGUGUAUAAUAAUUGUUUAGCGUCUGUGCUUUUGGACAAAGAAUAG